AUGGAGGAUAUAGUCACUUGGAGUGAAACAGUUUACGAACAAGAAGUUAUUUCAUCACAGUUUCUCAAUAGAACAGUCAAUGGGAUCGUGAAGACUUUAGAAAGAGAUAUAGACAAUAAGGAUGAACACCUAAGACUAUCGUUGGUUGAGGUUUCGGGAGUUCUUGAGAAUUUAAUUUUUCGAAUAGAACACGAAGGACUCAGAAAAGAGAAUGAAAGGAGAGUACGCGAUUUUGAUCGUUACGGAGAAGCACUGACAAACCUGGUUGUGUUGAUGUUAAAAGGAAUAAAAGAAGAAACAUGUAGCUCCAGUUCAAAUCAGAAUGAUUGUUCAAUAGAUAUUGAUUCUUCUGCAGUUAUGAUAAACGAAACAGAAGAAAGACUUUUAAGGAUACUUGAUCUUGCCUUGGGUUGGAAUAUUGAGGUCGACUCUGUGUCAUUUGAACUGCCAGAUAUUAUAGCCACCGCAGUAAAUGGUGAACCAAGAGAAUUACAGAAAUUAUUAAAUAAAAUUAGUGAUACAUUUAAACUCGAUGACGUUCAGACCAAUCUAACGAUGUACGAAGGACAACUACUGAAAUUAUAUACCUAUAGCUUCAAAACGAAUUUUUAUGUUUUUGCAAAGAAUUCUGCAAGUUCAAACUCCGGUGUUACCAAAGCAUUCGUCCGUAAUGAAAAUGGUCGAAUGGUGAAUUUGUUUAGCAACAAUGAUGACCUUAGCUUUGUGGUUGACGCUUCAGUACCCCUAUCAGAUCCCAACUACUGGCAAAAUCUGACAGGUUUUAAAGAAAAUGAGCGAAACGUUUUCAAUAUUUCAUUAGCAUCUAAUUCUCUACUGACAAUAGAUUUUAUGUUCCUUGCGCCUUGUGUGACACAUUUAAUGCGCCAAACGGAUGUCGUGCUGAGUGUUUUAAAUACAAGAGAGAAUGUGUCACUAUCAGUGAUAAAACAUAUGACAAAUACAACUAUACGCUUUCAAAACCACCAGUUAGAAAUUACAUUUGUGGGGAAACCUCAAAGGAAUUCAACGGAUGAUUAUACAGUUUCUAUACAGUGUGAGGAAUGCAUUGGAGUUGCAGACAUUGUAAUACUUUUCCAGAUUUCAAAAGACUAUGACUCGUUAAAAACUAAUGCCAAGAAUCUACUCGAGUAUAUUGAUCAACGCUAUACAGCUGCAAGGAUUGCAAUGAUGACAUUUGGCGUUAAUACAACUAUCAUAUCUCAUUUCACAUAUUCAGCUCAAGUUUCAAAAAUAGAUUCAAUGUCGUUCAAACCUCCAUAUUGGUCUGAAUCAAACAUUGAUGUAGCACUGAACGACAUGGUAGACUAUUUCGAAACUUAUGGACAUAACGACAGCCGACGUAUAAACAUUAUUUAUACAGAUGGUUUAUAUUCCUCCAUGUCUAAUGCUCAAUAUAAUUCCACAAUGAGAAGACUGAGAAGUAUUAAUCUCAAAACUUUGAUCUUGAUAUCAAAUGAAAAGACACAUGAUACUGACGAGAUGAAAAGAUGGUCUGAUUAUCCUAGGCGCAAUUUUAUAUGGCCUGCUACCGAUGUACCACAAUAUAUAUUUGAUAAGAUGUGUAAAGGUAAUAGAAAUAAGGACAAGAUCUUCAACAGCUACCGUUUUGGACAUAUUAUUCCAUACUAUCUGAAUGAAAAAGCAUGGGAUCAAUCAACAAACAUACAGCUCAAGACAAUCGCCGACAAUAAAAUUACUUUCAAAUGUAAUUACCUCGGAACAUUUUCGUCCAAUGUUUUCUACAUUCCUCCACAAACUAUAAACUUUGAAAAGAUAAUUAUGAAUUUUAACGAAAAGUUAGAUGGAUCUCCAUACGUACUGGUGACGAAUAUCACCUUGCUGAUUAUUGCUGUUAUAUCCGUUCUUGUUUUGAGAAGAUUUGAUAUUAUAGAUGAGAAAAGGAGGACCUAUUUUCCAUUGUAUGACAAUCCAAAGAAUGCUACAUAUUCGUAUUUCAUCAGCAUCCACACUGGUAUUUGGUCCGACAGAAAACUCUCGUCUAUUCCUUUCUUCAUAUUAAAGGGCAUAAACGGAACCACCGGAACUCGGGCUUUAUUUGAUGGAAAUAGAGAAAAUUUUAAUAGGUUGACAUACAGCAACUUUUUACUGAAAACAAAUACAUCACUGGGAGAUUUAAAAGAAAUUAAACUUUGGCAGAGUGGACGGAAUUCAUCUUGGCAUGUUGAGAAAAUUCUUGUAUUUGAUGGACAGAGAAUAUAUGUAUUCUUAUGCGGAGAUUGGCUUUCAACGAGUAAAGGUGAUGAUCUUCGUUUGUCAGAAUGGCCAGGAAAUCACAGCAACAGAAAUGGAAAGACGCCUAUCAAUAGAGGUCUCUUAAAUCGACGUCUACUGGACGUAUUCUCUAGAAUUGCUCUCCAGUUGUGUUACGUUGUUCUUGUUUUGAUCAUAUGCACACAUAGUGAUAUAGAAAAAUCAUAUUUACAAAAUGAGAAUAUUAAAAACCAGUUGACGCCGAUAUCCAAGGUCAACAACACACUUGAUAUAUGGAAUUAUUUGAAUAACCAAUUCAUUACCAAGAUAUUCCCAAAAAGAUUGUCCAGUGUUGACGUAAGAUUGGUGUAUGACAGGGGAUUUAUGGACGAUGACUGUAGUUAUAAGAUAGGUCUUAUUCAACUUCGUCAAAUCAGAGUAAAGGGACUAUGUACCGUUCCAAAGAUAAUGGCGAAAACAGUAAACUUUUGCAAUAUGGGCUAUGAUAAAGACGAACAGGACACUAGUGAUUUUUGUCCAGAAUGGGAGCCAUUUACAGAAGCAUGUUUUUCGGAUGGAUUUAAAUUUUAUGAUGAUUUUGCUACUGGAUCAUCCUGUAUUGUUGGCCGAUUUUCAACAUAUGAUGGUGGUGGUUAUUUAAAAGUCCUAGAUCCUACCAAAUCAGAAAUACGGAAUGAUAUACUGAAAUUAAAAACAAACAAUUGGAUAAAUGAAAAAACCCGUUUGGUCGUUGCUGAAGGAGUGGUUUUAAACAUCAACACCAAACUUUUCACAAGCUUUCGAAUUUUGUUCGAGCUACCUCCAUGGGGAAAUGUAGAAGCUUCGUUGGAAGUUAAGACAACUCAGUUGUAUCCAUACAUAAGCACAUCCGACUUUCUUGUUUUAGGCUUGCAGAUUUUAUUCAUUUUAAUGACAUUUUUCCGUUUUCUUUUUCUGAUAUUUUCAAUAUUUAAAGACAAUAAUCGUUCAAGACUCAUGACUGGACACUUUGUUGAACUCAUGAGUGUUGGUUUGUGUAUAACUGCAAUAGUGUGCUAUAUAAUAAGAAUAGACGACACGAUAUCAUCUAUCGAGGCAAUUUACAACACUAAAGGUAAUUUGUAG